AUGAGCAGCAACGGGCGGCGACGGGCAGCACAGGCAGGGGCAGCACAGGCACAGGCAGCAACAGGCAGCAACGGGCAGCACAGGCACAGGCAGCAACGGGCGGCAACAGGCAGCACAGACACGGGCAGCAACAGGCAGCACAGGCACGGGCAGCAACGGGCGGCAACAGGCAGCACAGGCACGGGCAGCAACGGGCGGCAACGGGCAGCACAGGCACGGGCAGCAACGGGCGGCAACGGGCAGCACAGGCUCGGGCAUCAACAGGCAGCAACGGGCAGCACAGGCACGGGCAGCAACGGGCAGCAACGGGCAGCACAGGCACAGGCAGCAACAGGCAGCAACGGACAGCACAGGCACGGGCAGCAACAGGCAGCAACGGGCAGCACAAGCAGCAACGGGCGGCAACAGGCAGCACAGGCACGGGCAGCAACAUGCAGCACAGGCACGGGCAGCAACGGGCGGCAACAGGCAGCACAGGCACGGGCAGCAACGGGCGGCAACGGGCAGCACAGGCACGGGCGGCAACGGGCGGCAACGGGCAGCACAGGCACGGGCAGCACAGGCUGCAACGGGCAGCACAGGCACGGGCAGCACAGGCACGGGCAGCAACAGGCAGCAAUGGGCAGCACAGGCACGGGCAGCAACGGGCGGCAACGGGCAGCACAGGCACAGGCAGCAACAGGCAGCAUAGGCACAGGCAGCAACAGGCAGCAACGGGCAGCACAGGCACGGGCAGCAACAGGCAGCAACGGGCAGCACAGGCACGGGCAGCAACGGGCGGCAACGGGCAGCACAGGCACAGGCAGCAACAGGCAGCACAGGCACGAGCAGCAACAGGCAGCAACGGGCAGCACAGGCAGGCAGCCGUACCGAGUCCAGGAGCGGCGGCGCAUACAGCUCGUCAUGAAGAGGAAGCAAAGGCGGCAUCAGCUGCAGCAGUUGGAGGAUGGGGGAGCGGAACUAGAGCAACGACAUGGGGAAGCGGAACUGGCGCAACAGGAUGGGGAGGCGGACCUAGUGCAACAGGAUGGGGGAACCCAGCACCAUUAA